UAAAAAACAAGAGACUGCAACAAAAGCCCCUCCCCCCUCUCACUACUUGUAAAAUGUCAGGCGGUUUGCUCAAACAGCUUGCUUACACUCUCAGCUCUCGUUGCUUCACCACCUUCUCUCGCCCUUCAACUCACCCAUCGCCCUCUCGCUUCUUCAGAAACCGCAAACUCAGAGAGCUCUCGCAACCCAAUUCCCUCGCUGCAAAGUUUUCCACUUCCUCUCCGGAGACUCCCACUCCCUCGGCCGAGCCAUUUGCUUCGCCUUUCCUCUCUGUCCAAAUUCGCUGCCAAAAACAUUUUGCUGAUAUGCUUUCAGAGGCUCUUUUAUGCUUUGGUGCAAGUUCUACUAGUAUCGAAGAAGAAGAUAACUAUGACGGAAAGGACGAGAUUUGCAUCGAUUCCAUAUUUCCUGUGGGUGAAGAUGUAAAUACAUGCAUUUCACGAGCUUCUGAUUCCAUAAGCUUAAAAGAGAUACCUAGUUAUGAAGUUAGGAUGGGUGAGCAGUUCGACUGGAUAAAGAAAACUCAGGAAUCAUUCCAUCCUGUUGAAGUUACUGAAGGACUUUGGAUUGUGCCCGAGUGGAGAAUUCCCCCUGAUGCACAAGCAACAAAUAUAAUUCUAAAUCCUGGAUUGGCAUUUGGAACUGGGGAGCAUCCGACUACUAAGUUAUGUCUGUUGCUGCUUCAUGGAUUGAUAAAGGGAAGAGAACUAUUCUUGGACUAUGGCACUGGUUCUGGAAUUCUUGCAAUUGCUGCAGUUAAGUUUGGUGCUGCCUCAUCAGUUGGAAUUGAUAUAGAUCCUCAAGCAAUUACCUCUGCACGCCAGAAUUCUGCUCUGAACAACAUAGGACCUGAAAAGAUGCAAUUUCACCUGGUACCUAGCCAAAAUCGGUCUCCCUUGAUAGAUCCAUGUGGAGUAGUGGAAGAUCAGAGCUCAUCUAGAGUGGAAGCCAUCUCAGAAAUAGACAAGUAUGACGUGGUCAUCGCAAAUAUACUCUUAAAUCCCCUAUUAGAUUUGGCAGAUCAUAUUGUCUCUUAUGCAAAGCCUGGGGCAGUCAUUGGUCUUUCUGGCAUUCUCUCUGAGCAGCUUCCAUAUAUCAUAGAGCGAUAUUCACAGUUCUUGGAAGGCAUAUCAAUUACAGAGAUGGAAAAUUGGGCUUGUGUCCAUGGCACAAAGAAACAAAACCUUGCUGGCAGCUAAGAAAUCUUUCUGCCACCAUAAACCAUUGAUGGAAGUGCAAUUUGAUGAACAAGUUGGACAGUAUUGUCAAUUAGCAGGGCUCUUCGAUGAGAAGAUGGUGGUGUCUGGUCAUUUUACAUCAUGGAAGCUGGCAUUAACAAUUCCAACCCGGAACAGGGACAUUUGCUGAUAUUAUUUGGGUCAUUCAACCAGAAACAGGGCUCUGGCAAAAAAUUAAAAACAUGAAACAGGGCAACUGCUUUUUUCUCAAGAGGAAAAUCACCAGCUGCUUACUGCUAUCCUUUAGGGUUGACUCAAAACUACAGCAAUCGCAUGCAGAAAUUCAUGUAGCAGUGGACACCACUGAGAUUAGUUUUUCUAAUUUCUACACACGCACUUGGGAUUAGUCUGUCUGAAGCAGCAGCCACCCAUGACAACUUGUUUUGAGCUGCCUGCU